GCAACCAGACGCGUUCCUCCGUGUUCGCUUAAAGAAGGAAUUGUGCUUGUUGCUGCAGGCUGCAUCGAAGAAAAACUAUAAAAAAUGCAAAUAAUCGUGGGUUUGCUCGUAUUGGUUGUUGGCAUGCCUUACUCAAACGCCGUUGAGUGUUUAUCUAAAUGGAAUGCAAUUGGUAAUCAGUGUUACUAUGCCAAUCCUACCGCCACCUACACAUCACUCACAUGGGCCACAGCGAGGCAAACUUGCCUCAAAAUGGGGGCCGACCUUCCCGUCAUCGACACCGCUGCUGAGUUCGACGCACUGUACACGCUCACCGAGGUGUUGAGUAACAACGCGUGGUUAGGAUGUAAUUCUUCUUCAUGGGAGAAGUUCACCUGCGUAGACCACGACUCAUUCUACAACUCGGAGAAUUCCAGAGGACACUGGCCUUGGAAAGAAGGCCAACCUUCAUCGAUGGCUAGUAGUCAAUGUCUAGUGCUGAACGUGGUGGAUGAACUUGGCAAUGGAGUCUUGACAUCACUCUCGUGUGGCUCACUGCUAUCCUCGACUAUUCUGUGCGAACAAGCACCGACCAACACGCAGUAUAAUGUGAUCACCACUGACCCUGCAAUGACGGACGUCCCCUCCACUUUAGGUCAGGCUCAGCCCGAGCCUACCCGAGUGGCAACCACGGAAGGAUCAACCGAGACUUACAGGACGACUUAUCAUGUUCUUACCCGUGCCGGAACUGCUCCCUUGGUAACCUCUGCCGUGGUGACAACUGACGUGGUGACCAGCGAAGUGGUAAUUAGAGAAGGGGGAACCAGCGAAGGGGGUACCAGCAAAGGAGUAACCAGCAACGGGGUAACCAGCGAAGUGGUAACCAGCGAAGAAGUAACCACGAAGACCUUGUUUACUGGCGAGACUACCUCACCAGUAACUUCGACAGCUCCUCAAAAUUUAGAUCAGAUCCUAGCCGAGCCCAGUUCAGAGUUAAACACGAGAGUACAGACCGAGAUGUCGACCGUAGUGAGCACGACCUCGACUGGUGGAAAGAGCCCCGUUGAGACUACACAAGUGAAGGCACCCGAACCGUCCGAUAAGGUGACUGUUCAUAGCAGCUCACCAAACGAAGAAUCUGGGACAUGCUACGUCAUGAUGGAGCCCGAUCCCGAGUCUAAUAACCGCGCUCGAUGGCUCGUACCUCAGCCCGAUCCAUGCCUCUGCAAGCGGAUCCGUCUCGGGGGCAUAAACACCCAAACCACGGCCCGGCAGUACCCGGUGAAGUUCAUGGACACCGUGGUUGUCGGUCGGGACCCAGUUGAGAUUAGGAACUGGCUUGGAUGCCAAAACCGAGAAUAAAUCUCCAUGUGAGGUAUUCAUUAGUCACCCUUCGAUUCUGGUGAAACACCAGGGCUCAAUUUCGUCGAGCAGCUAAGCACACACAAAAUUGCUUAGCAUGAAAUUGUUGCCUUUUUGAUAAAAACAGGAUUACCAACCAGGAAUUUGUUUUUUCUGAUGCUGUUUCAGAUGCUGUUAAAAUUGAUGUUGCUGCUGCUGUUAAUACCGUAACUG